GAGCGGGGCGGGGCAGGGCUGGGCUGGGCUGGGAGCGCCGGGGCGGGACGAGGACGAGCCGGGGCCGAGCCGAGAUACGGAGCGCGGCCGGGAUACGGAGCCCAGGCGCGGAACUGAGGCGGCGGCCCCGCCGGUGAUGUGCGCUCCGCAGGGGCUGCCGGCCCGCUGAGGUCGGUGCGAGGAGCGCCGGCGGCCAUGCCGUGCACCUGCGGGAACUGGCGGCGAUGGAUCCGGCCGCUCGUGGUGCUGCUCUACGUCGUGGGGCUGCUGGUGGUGGUGCCGCUCUGCGUGUGGGAGCUGCAGAAGCUGGAGGUUGGAAUUCAUACCAAGGCAUGGUUUAUCGCUGGGAUAUUUCUGCUAAUGACUAUACCAAUAUCUCUCUGGGGGAUACUACAACACUUAGUCCAUUAUACUCAACCUGAAUUACAGAAACCAAUAAUAAGGAUUCUGUGGAUGGUGCCGAUUUACAGUUUAGACAGCUGGAUAGCUUUGAAAUACCCCAAGAUUGCAAUAUAUGUGGAUACAUGUCGAGAAUGCUAUGAAGCUUAUGUCAUCUAUAACUUUAUGGUUUUUCUUUCAAAUUACUUAACCAACCGGUACCCAAACCUUGUGUUAAUAAUAGAAGCGAAAGAUCAGCAGAGACAUCUGCCCCCUCUCUGUUGCUGUCCGUCGUGGGCUAUGGGAGAAGUUUUGUUAUUUAGAUGCAAACUGGGUGUUUUGCAGUACACUGUUGUCAGACCAUUUACUACCAUUAUUGCUUUAAUUUGUGAACUAGUGGGAGUGUAUGAUGAAGGAAACUUCAGCUUCAACAAUGCAUGGACUUACCUCGUUAUACUUAACAACAUGUCACAACUAUUUGCCAUGUAUUGUCUGGUGCUGUUUUAUAAAGUACUGCGUGAGGAACUGAACCCUAUCCAGCCUGUUGGCAAGUUCCUUUGUGUGAAGAUGGUAGUUUUUGUUUCUUUCUGGCAGGCUGUGCUCAUUGCAUUGCUGGUGAAAGUUGGUGUUAUUUCUGAGAAACAUACCUGGGAUUGGCAAAGUGUGGAAGCUGUGGCUACAGGCUUACAGGAUUUUAUAAUUUGUGUGGAGAUGUUCCUGGCUGCUAUUGCACAUCACUACAGUUUUUCCUAUAAACCUUAUGUUCAAGAAGCUGAAGAAGGCUCAUGCUUUGACUCCUUCCUUGCAAUGUGGGAUAUUUCUGAUCUAAGGGCAGAUAUCUCCGAACAGGUUCGAAAUGUGGGGAGAACAGUUUUGGGCCAGCCGAGGAAAAUGUUUUUUGCUGAGGAUCAUGAACAAAACGAGCAUACAAGUUUACUGUCUUCAUCUACUCAAGACCCAAUUUCUGAUGCUUCUUCAAUACCAUCUUCACCCAUGGGUCACUAUCAGGGGUUUGGACACACUGUGACCCCUCUCACAACACCGACGACAGCCCCUGCAGUCGAUGGGGUUUUUAACCCUUCUGCCAGUGAGGAUGCUGAGGAAUCACCUGAACUAGAGAACAGCUUAGCAGAGAAAGCUCUGGAUAAAACUUAAACUUGCCUUUUCUUUGAAUGUGUCAAGGAGUCAUUACAUACUUGCCACAUGUGUCCUGUUAACAUGUACUAUUAAGGAUGAAAGUUGAAAGCUGCUGCAUGGACAGGAAGAGGAUAUGGUAUGACUCUAACUGACAUCUGAAUCCAGAAUCUAUAAUGGACAUGAGCAUCUGUGAGUACCCCAUGGAUAUGAAACACGCACACUGUAAAGGUUUCUGCAUAAAUUUAAGCGUCAUCUCCUUAAAAUGCUUAACGCUUCCAUGUCACAUCAAAAUUACACUAAAUUUCACUAGUGCAAAAGAAACAUUUUAAAAAAUCCUCUCCUCAUAUAAAAAUGAAGUGCAAGUACAACCAGCAAUGGGAAAGCCUAAUUUCAAGAAUGUAUUUUAAGGAGAGCAGUAGCAAAAACUGUGUUAACUUUGCUUGUCUUAAUGACGGUUAAUGUCCAUACCCAAUGCUGAAUGGAACGUGGGUGAAUGAUAGCUUCUGUAGAGAUGCCACCUUCUUCCCAUUCCUACAUAGCUAAAGUCCUUUCAUGAAGGUAAGUUACUACUAAGCAUUAGUAAAGAAUGUCUACAAAGAAAACAUUCCCUGCAGCUCUUGCUAUCAAAGUCCAUGCCCAGAUCAUAUGACUGGUGUAUCUGUUGUCUUUGAGGCUCACGGUUUGUAAGUCUUUUAUAUCCGGAAGAGACAGCCAGGAUGGUAGGUUUUGGAUUAAUACUUUACCUUGACUAUUCUUUUCCCUAGCCUUCUAAAAUAAGAAUAACGGUUACUUACCUUAAAAUACAUGGAGGGGGAAUGAAGGAUAUCAAAAAGGAAGUAGAAAACAAAACUGAUUUCUUUAUUUUGGGCUGCAGUAAAUUCUUUAACACUUAAGGUUUUUUUAAGCUGUUAAAGCAGGAUAUCUUGUGUCUGUAGUAAUUUGUGUUCUUAAAUUUGUGUCUGUGUGUGAUAGUAUUAUGCUUCUAGUAUAGCCUGGAUUCAAAUGUAAUAGCUGGUUUUUUCCCCAGAGAAGACCUUUGCUGAGGUAAAACUAUGUAGCUAGUCUAAUACUGGAGCUGCUAGGACUAAAUUUCAGCCUAAGAAGCAGUACACUUGUAUCAAAAUGUUACUUUGCAAAAACUGACAAUGUCGGAGAGGUAUUGUUUUUAUCCCAUUAUCAGAUUUUUACUAUUAUUGCAUGUUUGCAAUCUGACAAAAACAACCAAAUCAGUAGAACACUACUUUUUAAAUGACAAGAUCUUAAGUUUCUUUUUCAGCAUUGUUAGCAUUUCCAGGAUAAAUGUUUAACUUCUGGCUGUCAGUAAAUUCAUCUUAAGUGCUUUUUUUGCAGUACUAGUGUGAUGUAAAUAUUGCGCCUUACUCACUAGGCUGCAUAUUUUAUAGCUGAGUAUGUACUUGCUGUAUCUGAAGUUAGUGAGAAAGUGGAAAUCAUUAUUUUCAAUUUGCCAACUCAUUGCCUUUGUUGUAAAUAAGCAAUUAAAGAUUUUAUUUAAACGGUUCACCUUCGAUCAAUCUGAUUUACUAUUACAGUAAUUUAAGAGCGUGAAUAAGACAUGACUACAACUGUCCUUAUGGACGAAGAGGAUCUUAAGUAGAACUGCUACAAGAGUUUGUGCUUUCAGUAUUUCAUGGCUUGUACUGUAAAGGGAAUUCUUGUUUGGGCUUAUGAAGAAUCAGAAUCUUCUAAUGCAUGCUUGAUCCCAGGUAUCACCUUAGGCAGGUUCACAAUGCAUUGGGACUUCAGUGCCCACUGCAGCCACUACCGGAAAUAACCUGAUUUCCUGCAUGUAUACAGGUAAAAAGGGUAGGAGUAAUAUCUGAGGGAGCAGGGCUGCUGCAUGCAGACUAGCUACUGUGCUCUAGCUCUUCAAAAACCUCACUCUGAAGAAAUUUUUUCAACACUUGAAGUUAUAUCUGUUUGGUGUAAAACUAAGGUGCAGAGAGGACCUUGAUAGGAAAAAAGCUGUUUAAGUGUCUUGGUUACUUCUUUCAGAGUAUUUCUUGACAGCUACUAAGUUGUUUUAUUAUUAUUCAGUUAUUCAAUUUGCACAAUGUAAUAUUCCUGGGGGGAAAGUUAUUUUUUUAAUUGCAGUAGCUUACAGGAUUGUACCUUUCCCUAAAGACUGCUACUGAAUUUUAAAAAUAAAUACAAAUCUUGCAAUGAUA